AUGCGCUUGCAUUUCAGGCCUUCCUCUUCCUACAGCCUCCGAGGAGCUGCCUGCCAGGUUCCCCGUGCCCAGCGGCUGAGCGGGCGGCGCUCGGAGGAGCUGAGCCGGCCCCUCCCUUCUCUUUCGGGACAGGAGGCCUACGUCGAGUACCUGAGGAGCAUCAGCUUCAUUGCCCAGGCCUUGCUGGAGGAGGCGACAGCAGCAGAAGGUACUAACAGCCUGGCCUGUCUCCCGCCCGCCUCCGCCUGGGUGGCUGCCCCGCUGCUUCCCCGGGCUAGCCUUUCUGGGCCGGUGAAGCCAGCUGCCCCCGAGAAGGGGCCCAGCCCUGCUCCCGUCUCCAGGCACCGCAGGGUCUUCUCGGAUGAGGGGGGGAAGCUGUCUCCCUUCCUGCCCCCCGAGAUCUUCCAGAAGCUGCAGCUCACCAAAGCUCAGGGCACGAAGAAGGAGCUCACCCCGCUGGAGGAGGCCUCGCUGCAGAACCAGAAGCUGAGAGCGACGUACGAGGCCCGGGUGGCGCGAGAAGACCUCCCUGCCAGUGAGCUGCCUGUACUCUCCCCAGACAGGCUGCUCUCCCUGACUCUGCUGGCUUUCGAGGGCCUGAACUCCACCUCCUCCAAGGACCAGUGCCUGGCAUGUAUAGAAGAUGCUUUCUUCUCCCCUCUCUGGGCUCCCCUGCUGGCCCUCUAUAGGGCGAACCCGAACCUCUUCCCCCAGAACAGCGCGGCCCCCGCGGCAGGGUCCUACCCGUAUAGCAGGGCCGUGCAGGAGCUGGGGCUGAUGCUUCUGGAGAGCUGCCCGCAGAAGAAGUUGGACUGCAUAGGUGAGGCUGGCCCUAUCUCUGGGGGGGCGGGGCCGGGGGGGCACCCCUGGAAACUGCUGCAUGGUGCCCGGGGGAAGGGGGGGGUGACGAGCUCAAGCCGGUGCUCUGGGUCUGGAGCCGUAUGGGGAGAAUCGACACCGACCUCUGUCCCCUGCAGUGGUGCCGACGACCUCCUGCCCAUCCUGUCCUACGUGGUGCUGAAGAGCAACCUCCCCCAGCUGGCGGCGGAGUGUGCGGCGCUGGAGGAGUUUAUCCACGAGGGGUACCUGAUCGGCGAGGAGGGUUACUGCCUGACCUCCCUGCAGAGCGCGCUGUCCUACGUGGAGUCUUUGCCCGGAGGCGCGCUGGGGCAGUGAGGGAGCCUUGCCUCGAGGGGGGUGCCGGAGUCUCCUCGCCCGCCUGCACCUCAG